CAUAAAAUUCAAUUCCACUCCACCAAAUCUAUUUUGAAACGGUCUCAUACAGAAGUUGUGUCACGACCCUCACAUGCCGGUCCAACCCAACGGCACCGAGGGACGAGAAGAGCGUCCACGAGGCGUACCCAAGCCGAACACCAAGGUCAGCAGGCCCGAGUGGACCCAAUGAAGCCCAACCGCGUCCCUCUGCUUAAGACCCCGUCAGAGCUGGCUAGGCGGUGGCAUCUGUUCCUUCCCCUCUCGAUUGUAACCGUGAUUGCUACCUAAUUCGUCAGGCAUAGCUACUAAAUCGAGAGAUACACACUGAGUGCCUAACAUCUAAAUUAGAGACAAACCACCACUCCUUCCCUGCGUGCGCUCGCUCGCGCCAUUCGUCGAAACCCGCCGUCUUCAUCAAGCUCGGGCUCAAAUUGAGGCCAUUGAUCCAACUAUGAAGGACUACGUGGAGAAGAUCGGGUCCUUCAUGGAUGAGUUCCGCCUCGAGCUCCGAAACAACACGGCGGCCGUGCGCGCCAACACCGUGAAGCUCAACGACCUGCUCUCAUGCCUGCCCGAUCUGGAGCGUUGGGUGGUGGAUCUCGGUGUUGUGGUGGCCGAUCUGCAACAAAGGGCGCUCGUCUUCGACGGAGGCGCCUGGUGCGGUAGCUGUCGGGGCCACGUGCCCCGAUCCCUCCUUCACAGCGGGCGAUGGCCAUAUCGAUACCGGUCUCACUGCGCAGGAGCUGCCCCACGGGUCUGCGGACCACGGCAAUGCAUCUCUUCACCGGGAGCAGGUGCUGGCCGCGCCGCCGGCAACACUCCCGGGCACUAGGACUGAGGGGCGGACAUUCGAGCGGUGGUCCUGAUCCAGCGCCCACCUGACUUGGACACGGCGUGCUCUCUAGUGCUGUUGCAAGAGGGGGUCAUCAACUCAGGUAGUAGCCACAUCAGCAGCGGGUCAUGCCACACGGCAAUGACGCGCUCCUGCGGACCAGCACACCGCUGCCCUUGCCGCCCCACCACGUCCGCCUCAUGUCUCUUCUUCAACACCGGCAGUGGACCACCGUGGGGUGCAAAGCGCACAUGCGGAUAACUCCAAGGUCAAGGCACUUCGCGAUUACACGCGCGCCCGUGGGCUGUGUUUUAAGUGUGGAGAGCAUUGGGGCCAUGAUCAUGUCUGCCCAACGUGAGUGCAGCUUCACAUCAUGGAAGAACUCCUUGAUUUGUUUGGUCUCGACGAUGGCACCGACUGUGUACAGCUGGAUUCAACUCCCCUACCACAGCAACAGAUGACACAAUCAUGG